CUUUUAGUUCGUGGCACAGUUUCAACGUUGUUAAAGGAUGUCUUAAGAAGAAAUCAAUUUACUUUAAUCGAUAAUAAUAAUUUGAUUAUUAUCACGACCUCACAAUCAAAAAAUUAUUCAAUACAAAUUACAAAUUACAAAUAUUUAUAGUAAUUUGCACGAUUUUAAAGGCAAGAAUAGAGCUGUUUGUAUAUAAUACUUGUGAAUACAUGUGCAAUUGAUUUCGCAUAGUAUAAUUGUAGCAAGAGCAAGACCAAUCUGAUCAAAAUCCGAGAUCUUCCUGGGGAAUGAUUGGACUUGCGGGGUUGGAUCCGUUAGCUUCCCACUGCCACUGAUUUGUGGAGUGGUACUGAGCCCCAGGACCACGACAAGGUGGAUCCAUCCUGGGGAAUUGUUGGAGAGGCAGAUGCAUACAUACUUAUGAAUAUACUUUAAUAAAAUGGCAGUGGGCAUGCGUCUUACGAUUCUUGACAGUUUUUAAUCAUUGUUUAAAGGUUUGUCAAAUUGGUUUUUGUUCGAUACGUCUAUUAAAGUUUCUUAGAAAGUUCAUAGCACAAUGUCCUUAAUUGGAUUUACACCGAAAAUCGAAAAUUCUACUGAAUACCCUCCGGUUUUACAUAAUAAGGUUAUUGAUCUUGAAAACGGAGAAAGAGACAUAUGUCCUUCGUUGAUAGAAUUGGCUGCUAGAACUAUAGUUCUGAAUAAAAUCAAUGUCGAACCUGGUGACUUACCUUCCAAUCUCGUCAAUUAUAUUGAAAACGGACACAAAUGCAUCAUUCCUGAUUGUAAUCGUCUUACACCGAAGGAAAAUUGUUCUGAAUACCCACGUGUAAUCCACAGUAAAGUUACUGAUCUUGAAAAUGGAGAGAAAAACAAAUGUCCCUCGUUGAUGGAAUUGGCUGCCAAAACACUGGUUCUUAAUAAAAUCAAACUGGACCCUGAUAAAAUACCUUCGCGCUACGUCAGUUAUGUUGAAAACGGACACAAAUGCAUCAUGCCUGAUUGUAACAAGGUAUAUUUCGUCCAGGAGCAGUCACGGUUUAGGGAAUAUUCUGUGGUUAUGUUUAUAUGUGCCGCCUGCGAGGAGAAAUACGCAGAAAUUACUUCUGCUUAUUAGCUGCAAAUCCUUUUCUAUGUGAAUCAAAACUAUUAAAGUAAAAAAAAUGUUUUUAUUGCAGCUUAAAGAAAUUUUUAGUAUUAAAUUUUGUAAUUUUGGUUCGGAGUUAAAAAUUACUUAAUAAAUUAAUAAAUU